AAAAAAAACAUUGUUUACGCAGUAUGGAAAAUAUCUCAAAGAUACCAAAGGCAUAUUUUAAUCUAAUAAGAAUAUAAGGCUAAAAUAUUAAUAGUUUUUAAAGCGUUUUUUCACGUUUGACGAUAUCAACUUUAGUAUUUUACAGUAUCAAAGUAAGGGGGUUUGUUAACAAUUAUCUAUAAAUCGAUGUGUAUAUGGUCAGUGCCCUCGAUCAAAAUGUCAAUCGGGCUAAAAGAAAGCCAUUGUUUUUACUAAUUUCAAGAAGAAAGCAAACACUUGCUAUUCAGCACAAGAAUGGAAAAGAAGGAGCGCUUUGUUGUCUUCGAUUGCGACAUUGGCAAUGAUGAUGCUUGGGCUCUACAAAUGCUACUAAGAGCAGAGGACUAUGUACAAUCCUUGAAAGAUAAAACACCUGUGGCAGGAGCACCACAUUGCUUCAAGCUUGUGGGCGUUACAUGUGUUCGAGGAAACGCCAGUGUGGACAACACGACGAGAAAUGCAUUGCGAGUGCUAAAAACUAUGAACAGGUUAGAUGUUCCAGUAUUCAAAGGAUGUGGGGAUGCGUUUGUACCGCCCAAUUGGAAGCCUUCAUGGGAUUUCCAUGGCAUAGACGGACUGUUUGAUGUGGGAGAUUAUCCUGAAGUAGAUGAGCGGGAGCUACUAACGCAAGAGCAUGCAGUAAAUGCCAUGUAUCGACUGGCAAUUCAGUACCAAAAACUGGAUUUUAUCUUGGUUGGCCCUCUUACGAACUUUGCUCUGUGUAUUAAUCUCUAUGGAGAUGAUUUUUUGAAAAAAGUUGGAAAUGUUUAUGUAAUGGGUGGCAAUAUUUAUGGAAAAGGUAACGUCACCAAAAGUGGCGAAUUUAACUUCAUGAUGGAUCCAGAGGCCGCCUGCGUUGUGUUUGAAAGAUUAAAGAAACCACUUCUGCUGCUGCCCUGGGAGCCGUGUAUUGAUACCAACAUGGAUCUUCCACUGAGCUGGCGAUUUGAUGUAUUGGGUGCUGUGCCCACAGAAUUCAUGAAGCUAAUGAAUCGCGUUGAGCGUAAAGUAUUCAAGGAUUUUGUUAAAUGGCUGACAUGUGAUGCUGUCUUGGUUGCUGCCUAUCUCUUUCCAAACCUGGUCAUUGAAGAAGUAAAGGAGUAUUACGCAACUAUUGAACUUAGCGGUACAAAUACCAGAGGCCAGCUGGUCUUAGAUCAUAUGAAAGGAGAAGUCGUUGACUCACUGCAUGGCAAAGAAGCCAACGCACGUAUUAUUUAUCGUCUAAACCCCAAACACUGGCGCACAAUCUUUGGCUGGACUGGUGGACUAAUAAAAGACGUGACUAUAGAACAAUUGUGGAAAGCAGCUGAUAAUUCGCAAGCCUGCUAAACGAAAGCUUGAUAACAAUGUUUUUUUAAUAGAACCUACGCCAAUAAAUGUUUAUAUUUCUAA